CUCUUGGAAAGCUCUGUAUAACCAGUGGGCGACCGGCGUAGCCAUCCACCUGACCGUGCUUCUCUAGACGUCACUCUGUAACAGGGCAAGACUUUGGAAGAGUUAAGAGGAGAGAAACUUCACGACCACACCUUCUGAUCGCCGAGCAGCUGCUUCCUGUUGACCUUGUUCAGCCUCCCAAGGGAGAAAUGUCUACAUCUUCACACUAAGAAACAUCAUGGAAUCAUAGAGUAAAGGAUGGGCUCACAGAUGUCGCUGUUUGGACUGCACUGCCUGAAGGGGAAGGAGAAAGAGGAGGAGCGGCGGAUCAGGGCGAAUAACAGGGAGUAUAACCAACUGCACAAGUAUGCGACAAAUGCCAUCAAAACCUCCAAGUACAACAUGUUCUCCUUCCUGCCGCUCAACUUGUUUGAGCAGUUCCAGAGGAUAGCCAAUGCCUACUUUCUUUUCCUGCUCAUUCUGCAGGUGAUCCCGGCCAUCUCUUCUCUCUCCUGGUUUACCACGGUAGUUCCUCUCGUCCUUGUGCUUGCAGUGUCAGCAGCCAAAGAUGGCAGUGAUGAUAUUAACCGUCACAAAAGCGACAGGCAAGUGAACAACCGCAAAGUCAAAGUCCUCUUAAAUGGAGAACUAAGGACUGAAAAAUGGAUGGAUGUUCAAGUAGGUGACAUCAUCAAACUGGAAAACAAUCACUUUGUCACGGCAGAUCUGCUGCUGCUCUCCAGCAGUGAACCCCUCAACUUGGUGUAUAUUGAGACUGCCGAGCUAGACGGAGAGACGAACCUGAAGGUGAGGCAGGCGCUCACCAUCACUGGAGACAUGGGACACAACCUGGAGAUGCUGUCUGCCUUCGACGGGGAACUGCGAUGUGAACCUCCAAACAACCGGCUGGACCGCUUCACAGGGACACUCAUGUUCCAGGGACAGAAGUUCUCCCUGGACAAUGAGAAGGUCCUCCUUCGCGGAUGUACACUGCGGAACACCGAGUGGUGCUUCGGCCUCGUCAUCUUCGCUGGUCCGGAGACCAAGCUGAUGCAGAACUCUGGGAGGACUACAUUCAAACGUACCAGUAUUGACCGGAUGAUGAACGCACUAGUGCUCUGCAUCUUUGUCUUCUUGGUGUUCAUGUGCACUGUCCUGGCCAUCGGCAACAGCAUCUGGGAGCAGCAGCAGGGGGACUUCACCACCUUUCUCCCCAGGCAGGAUGGGGUGAAUGCUGCCUUCUCAGGUUUCCUUACCUUCUGGUCUUACGUCAUCAUUCUGAACACAGUGGUUCCCAUCUCCCUUUAUGUCAGUGUGGAGAUCAUUCGACUGGGUAACAGCUUCUACAUUGACUGGGACAGAAAGAUGUACUACGCCCGCAGUGACACACCCGCUGUAGCACGGACAACCACCCUCAAUGAGGAACUGGGUCAGAUCAAAUACAUCUUCUCCGACAAGACUGGCACCCUCACCCAGAACAUCAUGACCUUCAACAAGUGCUCCAUCAAUGGAAAGUGCUAUGGGGAUGUGUUUGAUUACAGUGGUCAGAGGCUAGAAAUGACUGAGGAGACAGAGAAAGUGGACUUCUCCUACAACCCUCUAGCCGACCCCAAGUUCUCCUUCCACGACCACAGCUUGGUGGAGGCGGUGAAGCUGGAGAACCCCGAGGUGCACGCCUUCUUCCGGCUGCUGGCCCUUUGCCACACCGCCAUGGCUGAGGAGAAGACCGAAGGAGAACUUCUGUACCAGGCCCAAUCCCCAGAUGAGGGCGCCCUGGUCACAGCGGCUCGUAAUUUUGGCUUCGUGUUUCGCUCCCGCACACCCGAGACCAUCAGUAUUGUGGAGAUGGGCAUCCAGAGGAACUACGAGCUGCUGACGAUCCUAGACUUCAACAAUGUCCGAAAGCGGAUGUCUGUCAUAGUGCGCAGUCCAGAGGGAAAGCUCUCUCUGUACUGUAAGGGAGCCGACACAGUGGUGUAUGAGAGACUUCACCCAUCCUGCAGCAAGCUGAUGGAGGUCACCACUGAACACCUCAGUGAGUUUGCGGGGGAUGGGCUGCGCACACUGGCCUUGGCAUACAAAGAUUUAGACGAGAGUUACUUUGAAAGCUGGAGACAGCGCCACCAUGAGGCCAGCACAGCUCUGGAUGACAGAGAGGACAAGCUGGAUGAGCUGUAUGAGGAGAUAGAGAAGAACAUGUUGCUGCUGGGGGCCACUGGCAUUGAAGACAAACUGCAGGAUGGAGUUUCCCACACUAUAGAGCAGCUCUCCAGGGCAGACAUUAAGAUCUGGGUGCUGACUGGUGAUAAGCAGGAGACGGCGGAGAACAUUGGGUACUCCUGCAAUUUGCUUCGAGAGGAGAUGAGUGAGGUUUUCACUGUGGCAGGAACGUCACCUGAAGAAGUGAGACAAGAGCUAAGAACCGCUCGCAUCAAAAUGAAACCUGAGACAGGAGAGGGCAACGUGACAAUCGAAGGCGAAGGAGAAAUUUUGGGCAAAAAGUCAAAGCUUGUCCAAGAUGAAGCUGUGAAUGGAGAGUAUGGACUCGUCAUCAACGGACACAGUUUGGCCUACGCUCUGGAUAAGACGAUGGAGCUGGAGCUCCUGAGGACGGCCUGCAUGUGCAAGACGGUCAUCUGCUGCAGGGUCACACCCCUGCAGAAGGCCCAGGUGGUGGAGCUGGUCAAAAAGUAUAAGAGGGCAGUCACUCUGGCCAUCGGGGAUGGGGCCAAUGAUGUCAGCAUGAUCAAGGCCGCCCACAUCGGUGUGGGCAUCAGUGGGCAGGAAGGCAUGCAAGCAGUGCUGUCCAGCGAUUACUCGUUUGCCCAGUUCCGCUACCUGCAGCGCCUCCUGCUGGUACACGGCCGCUGGUCCUACCUGCGUAUGUGCAAGUUCCUGUGCUACUUCUUCUACAAGAACUUCACGUUCACCUUUGUCCACUUCUGGUAUGCGUUCUUCUGCGGCUUUUCUGCUCAGACAGUGUAUGACGAGUGGUUCAUCACCCUCUACAACUUGGUGUACACUGCUCUCCCAGUGCUGGGGAUGAGUCUGUUUGACCAGGAUGUGAACGACCGUUGGAGUUUCCAGUAUCCUCAGCUGUACGUCCCUGGCCAGCUCAAUAUGUACUUCAGCAAGACCAUCUUCGCCAAGUGCGUUCUGCACAGCGGCUACAGCUCUCUCGUGGUCUUCUUCAUUCCCUACGCUGCCAUGUACAACACGGUGCGGGACAACGGCAAGGACGUCGCUGACUACCAGUCUUUUGCCUUGCUGGCACAGACCUGUCUGCUCAUUGCUGUCUGCAUCCAGCUGGGUCUGGACAUGGCCUACUGGACAGCAGUAAACCAGUUCUUUGUGUGGGGUAGCCUGGCUGUGUACUUCGCCAUCACCUUCGCCAUUUACAGCAAUGGCAUAUUCCUCAUCUUCACCAGCUCCUUCCCUUUCAUCGGCGUGGCCAGGAACACCCUGAACCAGGCCAAUGUGUGGCUCACCAUCCUGCUCACCACCAUCCUGUGUGUACUGCCUGUGGUGGCCUACCGCUUCCUUCUCAUGCAGCUGAGACCCACCAUUAACGACAAGGUGAGGUUCAAGGUGAGGCAGACAAAAGCCUCUCCGCCACCUCCCCCUCGACGUGCCCGGAUCAGACGCACCAGCUCCCGCCGCUCCGGCUACGCCUUCUCACAUGCUCAGGGCUACGGGGAUCUAGUGACCUCCAGGAGGUUCCUACGGCGUGCUCCUGUGAGCCGGUCGACUGCGUUCAGCCCCACGGCUCGCUCCCCAGGCAAGUUUCUGCCCACUGGCCGCUCGGCAGGGUACAGCCCCACGGGGCGCCAGUCAAACCUCAGACAGGAUGAGACUUCACUCCAAAUGUACCGGGCCGUCAAGGAUCCUCAGAUCUGAGCCCAAGAGGAGGACUUGAAGCAAAACGUUUUUGUUUACAAAAUCAAGGCCCAGGAGACACACUUGGACAUGUGCGCACAAGCUCGCAGACAGACACACCUCUGCUAUGCCGGACAUGUUGGUGCAUUCCAGACUGGGCUUGCCCAGCCAUCCUCAGUUAUUGCUGUCAUGUAUGUGCAUACCGUGAGUGUUACACAUGUCUCCUUGGCCCAACAUUUCUGAAUGUUCAGUCCAUGUGAAGUUAAAGAUCCAUGCCUGUCAGAUGGCAGGCACUAAUGGUGGAUUCCAACCAAAGUUUUAAAAUUGUAAACCACUGAAAAUCUCAGAAUGUCCAUUUUUUCAAUACAGACAGUUUUUAGGUAAAGUUAUAUGUGUUUGAACUGAACUGUUGUCUGUUCUAAACUUGGAUACAAUAUGCUGGAUUCAAACCGAAGAAAUUGUGCCUGGUGAAAAAAUCCAAAGGUCUCUUAUUUUAGCAUUGUCUGUUUUUUUCCGUACAUGGCUACAUGUGUAUAGGAUUAACUUUUUCUGGUUUUGCGUUCAACAUGACAAGGCAUUUCAUUUUAGUUUUAAAUUUUGCUCCAGUACAUGUAAUGAAAAGCAAAACUCAGGCAGGUCAGGCUGCUUACUUAUUAAUCCCAAGUAAAUGGCAAUGGGGUGUUUAGGUAUUUUGUUACUGUACAGCAUUCUUCAAUUUUUUUUUCCCCUACAGUGUUUAUCAGAUGUGCUGUGCUCUAAAUCAUCAACUUAUGUUACCACAAAAUUACAAGCACACUAUCAAGGAGCAUGUGAAUUAUCAUUUUCAGUGCAGAUAGUUGAAUGUAACUUGAAUACCCCAGAAAUUCUUCGUAAUAGGGAGGCUUUACUGUGUUUUGGAUACAUGAAAGAAACAAAUUAACUGUACUUAAGAAUCACACAUCUGCAUCUAAGUGUCUCU